UUAGGCUCAGCAUUUUGCAAGGGAAAUCACUAAAUUAGCUGUGAUAAAUGAAUUUAUGGCUGCUGUAAACGCUCAGGUAAAAGGUACAAUUGAAACUUCAAAAGAUUUGGAAGCUGGGGAAAGCGAAGGAGAAAAUGAACUGAAGAGAGAAAAUGAUACACAGAGUGGCCUAAAUUUUUUGAAGAAAUACUUCAAGCUCGAAAGUUUUAAAAGGACUUUCAACCCAGUGAUUCAAAACAAUACUAUAACUCUCAGAAACGUUGUUGUCGCUGCUUCAACCUACGGUCUGGAAAGACUUUUGAACGCCGGAGUAUUCCACUGUCCUGACAAUGGCUAUCGACGGUAUGGAUUCGCGUUCCUAUUCGGCCCUGUUCUAAUCCUGUUCUGCAUAAACCUCUUGGUCAUCGGCGAGGUAUGGAAGCUGUCUUCCCGGAGGCACGUGAAACGCUACAGAAGACGUGGCGACUUUACCGCUGGGGUUUUACCAAGUAUCCUAAAAGCUUGUGUCGGACCGGCAGUGUGGUUGAUUGUCGCCUUUCUCGAAGAAGAUUAUUAUCUGUGUGCCACGAUUGGCCCCUCUCCACAGAAAGAGAUGAAGCAACACGAAAACGUCGUUUUGGACCGGAAGCGGAUGGUAGACGAGAGUAAGAGCCAAUCACAUUUAUGGGCAUGGGUCAUACUGAUCACGCUUGUUGCUAUCGGAACUGUAAUGAUAAUCUGGAAGCGUUGUUACCUUAAAGACAAUCUCCUCAUGGAAAAUCUCUAUUCGUAUGAAAGAAGAGAGGCCCUGAGCGCGCAGAUGACGUUUAAAAAACGUAUGAACGGGGAGAAGGCGUUUGAAGAAAGGAUGGAAGGUCUUGGAAAAGACCCUGACCUCGACGAAGUUCCGAGAGUGACUAAACACGGUAAAAAAGAUCAUGAAAAAGUUACUCUUUAUAAAGAUGGAAUUCCAGAAAAUAUAGGAAAGAAAAAAGUGGAGGAAAUGUUUGAAGGAUGUCCUCGCGAUCCUUGGGUAGCGGUACAGAAAAAUGUUCUCGACUCAAGAACCCAGAAGAAAAGCCGUGGCUUGAAGUAUUUCUCGACCGAUUCCGCAGAAAAUGAAGUCUAACAAGCUUCACAAAGAGGCGAUGUUCAGGCAGAGGAAAAGUAAAUAUCUUAACAGAUAGAUUAACCUAUUUUGUUUUACAUAUUUUAUCACUUUUACGCUGAAAAAUUUCAUAUUUUUCCGUCAGAGAAAACAAUACAAAAUUUCGACCGAAAGGUUAAAAAAAGUUCCACAUCAGUUAAAAUGUAAAUAGAAAAAUGGUCUCUCCCCCCAAAUAAUUUGCGGAACCUCUGGAAAUAUAGUCCAUAAUUUAUAACCGAAAAGUCUGCAUCUGAGCAGAAAAUAUUUCUUUGUUUCUUGAUGGAAAAGUUGAAAAAGAUAAAAAUGGUUUACUUGGCUAACAAGUUAAGAUAAAAAGAUGGUAGAAGCUAAUCGAUUAGGGACGCCAAGUUAUACCCGAUUGUAACUACCACAGAUGCAAUUUUUCGGUUGUGAGAGUUCUACGUGCAAAUUUCACUGUUAGUUAUUUCUUCAAUUUACCUCUCGUUGGGGCACAGUGUAACAUUUUAUGGCAUCGUUAUUAAGUUUUGCUACAAGUACAAAAAAAAUCUCGUAUUUGAACUUAUGAAGGCAGUCCCUUAGACUUAAAUUGAUUAGCGAGUAACGACAACGUAUUUCCAACGAGUAUUGUAUUGAAUGAA